ACGGAGACAGGGCAAUCAUUGAAAAGGAGACAACAUAUAUCAAGUAGAUCCCCAAUUGGGUUUGCUUUGUUAUUCGUGUAAGCGCGGUGAAUCAAAAGGCUUCACAGGAGCUGUGCAAUGCCUUCGGGGUGGUACAUAUAAAAUUCUAGGUGAUACUACUCUACACCAAAAGAAAAACCCAAGUGUUCCACAAUGUCUAUAAAAUUACCACUUAGCAAGGCGUCCUUCACCCUUGAUGCCUCUGGUGUCAUGGGGUUCUUCGGCGGAGAAGAAGCGAUCUCUGCGAUGUCCACUGUCCAUCUCUACCGGGGCAGGCAUUUACUCGGAUGGUACAACUCUCCUGGAAGCUAUACUGUCGCCAAGAAAUUUGGCCAGUUGGCGAAAUCUCGACUCUGGGACGGCAUCUUUCCAGGACCGAAUCCAACGCCUGAAGAAAUGUUUGGCCUGGAUGGGAAGGAGGGACCUCGCUUUAUCGGGGCAUUAUCGGGCACAGAUAUGACGACCACAGGACACCUCGCAUACCUUAUAACCCAAAAGGCAAAAGAGACCAAAGCGAAGACUGAUUCCGGAGGAAGAAUCACUAUACCGGGGUCGGUGAGCAUCAUAGACGUCGACAACGCGGAAUGGCAGCAGGGAGGUAACGUGCCAAGGAUGAACGUCUUUCAUGCCUUGUAUGCUGCUAUACCCAUCACCAGCAGUCUGGCAGCGUGCCUCGCUUGUGUAUAUGUUCGUGAUUGGCUCGCAUCUGGGCUGAUCAUUCUGGGUAUGGCCUCGAGUGGCCUGUCUUGCCUUGUCAUCGGUUCGGGGAGGCUGCGUUUCAAACUUGUCCAACCUUCGCCAUAUGCACCGCGGGGAGAUGGAUUUCUUUUGAUACGCAACGAUAUUAUCAUCUUGAAGGGCGCAGAGAAACAGGUGGCGUCGAUAACCAAGGGCAAACUCGUGCUGGACAUGGGUUAUAUUCAUGGCGAAGAGUUCAAUGCCGUCGGGAUCUGCUCCCUGCUACUCCUGUCACAGUUUCUCAUUCAACUCCUCCUCGUUCCUCAAGCAACACUAUUCGGCCAGAUUAUGUUCCUGUCGUCGCUUGCGGUGUCUUGGGCGUACAAUUCAUUUCUGUCGUCACUGGAAAAAGAAAAGAUUCAGACCGAUAUACUGUGGAAAUCACUCGAUGAACCACCAAUCACAAAAUUUGCGCUCCCCAACAGAACAUCGGAAGCAGCAUGCGCAUGCUUCAUCUUGCACGCAGGCGUCGACAUGUCGAGGAAAUCGUCUAUAAAUUUCAAGCCGAAGAAAAUCCUGGAGUGCAUGAUCCCAAAUGAUACAAGGGUUUGGAGGGUAUGGAGGGAGCAGGUGGCGGAGCAGGUGUUGAGUGAAGAGAAAAUCAAAUAUUUUGGGCCAUGUGAAGAUUUCGCAGCAGUCUGGGACGAUGAAGAACAGGAGCUCCUGGGGCAAUUAAUGGCAGACGCCGAGUACGGUUAUAAAUGUUACCAAAAAUAUUAUGUAGGACUCGGAACCAGUGGCCCGAGUCUUGACACCCUAGCAUAGAGAAAACGUAGUAUGAAAAGGAGUGCUUGGAGGCCAUCGACAGAAAGGCUGAACCACACCAUCAUGAUAUCUGGCUUUCGUCUACUGCGGAAAUAAUGUAUGUUGCCCGACCGAUGCGGAUAGAAAAGGGCUGAUCCUCUCAGUAUUAGUGUUAGAUCUGCAGCCUGCCAACGCUGCACUUGAGGGAUUUCAGCGGCGCUCGUGGCAGUCCAGAAAUGAGUGGUAUUGCA